GAAGGCUAGUUUCAACAGGAAGGCCAUGUGACAGUAUAAAGGCAGUCAUGUCAGGCAGUGGAGCACAUUUUCAGCUCGGCUGUGCUGCCUCCCUUAAAGUUCGAAGGUUGCAGUAGUUCAGUGAAUGGCAAACAGGGCUAAAAAGUCACAGAUGGAACACGUCUCUGUCCCACCACUAUCCAGUGUCGCCAUUUGCGGUGGAACCCACGGAAAUGAGUUGACAGGGCUGUACAUCGUGAGAGAAAUGCAGAAAAAGAAGAUAGAGAAAGUGGGAUCUGUUUCUAUAACCACUAUUGUGACCAAUCCACGAGCCUCGGAGGCUGGCAGAAGAUACAUAGAGAUGGAUCUGAACCGCUGUUUCACAGAUGUCCUGCUGAGUUCUCCCAUAACAGAGUCAACCCCGUAUGAGCUGAGGCGAGCUCAGGAACUGAACGCUCAGCUGGGGCCCAAAGGAAGCACAGACGCUGUUGACCUGCUCAUAGAUCUGCACAACACUACUGCCAACAUGGGCCUGUGCCUUAUCUUCUACACUUUGGACUGGAUCACCCUGCACAUUUACAAAUACAUACAGAACAAGAUGAGCUCUGUGCCUGUGAGAGUUAUCCAGCUGGAGGUUCCCAUCUCUGCUGCGUAUGCCCUGGAGUCAGUGGGAAAACGUGGCUUUGCCAUAGAAGUUGGCCCCCAACCUAACGGCGUGCUCAGAGCUGAUAUCUUCAACAUGGUGAAAGAAACAGUGGAUCUCACAUUAGAGUGGCUUCAGGAAUUCAAUUCUGGGCACUCUUUUGAGGGCGGCACAGUGGAAGCAUACACUUUAGUCAAAAGUGUUGACUAUCCAAGGGACUCUGCUGGUAAAAUGACUGCUGCCAUCCACCAAGACCUACAGGAUAAUGACUUUAAGCUUCUGCGGUCAGGGGAUCCCAUCUUCCUGACAUUUGCUGGGGAGACUUUGAAGUAUGAGGGAGAGGACCUCUACCCUUACUUUGUGAAUGAAUGUGCCUACUACGAGAAGAAGAUUGCUUUCCAUUUAGCUAGGAAGAAAACAUUCAGCUUUCCAUCCAUAUGUGCGAAGAAGGACUGAGAGACCGCAUGAAAACAAAGACAACAUGAAUGAUUCAGUCACCUUGAUCAAUAAAAAGCACAAAUCUAUUGGAGCAAUAGUUAGAAGUUGGGGAUUUCAGUUUAUCUGUAACACAAGUUGUGCAUUAAAAGUGCCAUGCAAAAAAUGUAUAUAUAAAAAUAUAAAUAUAAAACAUAUAUAUAUAUAUACAUAUAUAACCUUUUCACUUUUUACCUUGUUAUAACACACAUUUCUUUUUUUAUUCAAAUUUUACAAUAUAGACUUAUAAAAUAAUAAAUCCAAAGAAAUUUUUCAUGAUAACAAUAAAGCCCACCAUUUUAACAUUGA